AUGGGCUCCGGGCCGCGCGGCGCGCUGAGCCUGCUGCUCCUGCUGCUCGCGCCGCCGAUCCGCCCGGCCGUGGGCUGUCCCGCCCCGUGUCGCUGCGCGGGGACGCUCGUGGAUUGCGGGCGUCGCGGGCUGACCUGGGCCUCGCUGCCCGCUGCCUUCCCGCCAGACACAACCGAACUGGUGCUGACAGGCAACAACCUGACGGCGCUGCCACUCGGGCUGCUGGACGCGCUGCCGGCGCUGCGUACCGCGCACCUGGGAGCCAACCCCUGGCGCUGCGACUGUCACCUGGUGCCGCUGCGCGCCUGGCUGGCCGACCGACCUGAGCGCGAGCCCUACCGCGACCUGCGCUGCGCGGCGCCCCCGGCGCUGCGCGGCCGCCUGCUGCCCUACCUGGCGGAGGAAGAGCUGCGUGCCGCCUGCACGCCCGGCGCGCUCUGCCACUGGGCACUAGCGGCGCAGCUCCUGCUUCUCGGCCUCGGGCUGCUGCACGCGCUGCUGCUGGCGUUGUUGUUGUGCCGCUUGCAGAGGCUGCGCGCCCGCAUCGCGCGCAGGUGGGCGCUAAUCACACCACUGGCAGCUGAGCCCGCGACAACCGAGCAGAGCUACUGA